AUGGGCAUUCACCGCGACGGGACAUCCCUUGGUCUUUCUCCGUUCGAUACGGAAAUUCGAAGGCGUCUUUGGUGGAUGAUUGUCUUCAUCGACUGUCGCACAUCUGAUUUCUCGGGCACAAGGCCAUCUAAGGAUCUUUUUCUCAGUGAUACCAAGAAACCCCUCAAUGUCGAAGAUGAAGACCUCAAGCCUGGCAUGGUCAAGCAACCACCAGAGCGCACCGGUAUCACAUCCGUUGUGCUUUCUUUGAUAAGAUUUGAUAUUGUGGAUUUCCGUCGAAUCCCCUUCUCGUCAGUGCUUGCUAGGUCGGCAAUAUGUAAGAUGAACCUAUACGCCUACAACCCACGCCAGUUCGCCAACUGCGGCGCCAAAGUCCCCCAAAGAGCACGAGACAUAAUAUUCACCAACGGAAUGAAACUGCUAGAGUACGGCAAACUAUUACAUAGAGAUCCAAAUUUCCGGAAAUUUUCAAGGCAAACAAGCUCGGGUUAUAUAUGGGACACGCUGCUCUAUGUGCCCAUCGAAGCGCGCAAUCGCAAGAUAGGGCCGGAUGUCGAUCGUGCGUGGAAGCUGAUAGGCAAAGCAUUCGAAAAUUAUCCACUGAUUUUUGCCCAGCCAGAGGCGCUGUACGCAGCGCUGGCUAACUGGACUCUGCAGGUAUGGGAUGACUGCGUCGCAGCGAGGAAUGCGGAGGGGAUUCCGGAACCACCGACGCCAUAUUAUAUUGAAGCGCUUCGUCGUUGUCGAACACCCGCUGGGUCUUCAUCGAAGCCAGAGGCCGUAACAAACCUCGAGGAGGCGAUGGGGAGCUCGGUUGGUAAUGAUAAACCCCAACCGCGGAGGCAUUACGGCAACUUUAGCGUUGGUUUCGAACCUAUUGAGUCGUAUGAUUUCUCAAGUAUCCUGUCUUUGACGUGGAACCAAAUGAAUGGGCGCAGUGGGAGCGUUUGCUGUCUGCACAGGGAAUGUAGCUGA